CUUUCAUCCAUCUUUCAAGAAAACAAGUAUCCGCAUAAAUCAUCAUCAAAAACAAUGGCGAAGUUCAUUUGUUGGUUUACUCUUCUUUUCUUAUGUUUCAAUCUCAGUGUUGAAGCAUUACAUAAAAUAUAUCCACAUUUUCAAUCACUUGUGGCAGUGAAAGCACCGGUGAAACUAGGACAUCUAAGAACUGGUUUUCACUUCCAACCUCCCAAAAACUGGAUCAACGAUCCAAAUGGCCCAAUGUAUUAUAAAGGCGUUUAUCAUCUUUUCUACCAGUAUAAUCCCAAAGGUGCUGUGUGGGGGAAUAUUGUAUGGGCACACUCAGUAUCCACUGAUUUGAUAAACUGGUUUUCCCUUGAACAUGCAAUUGCCCCUUCCAAACCAUUUGACAUAAAUGGGUGCUGGUCAGGUUCUGCAACUAUACUUCCUGGCAACAAACCUGUUAUACUUUACACUGGUAUUGAUCCAGACGAGAGACAAGUACAAAACAUUGCAGUGCCGAAGAACUUGUCUGACCCAUUCUUAAGAGAAUGGGUGAAGCCUGAUUACAACCCAAUAAUCAAACCAAGCAUUGGUGUGAAUGCGAGUGCGUUUCGAGAUCCCACAACUGCAUGGUGGAGUAAAGAUGGGCACUGGAGAUUAGUAGUUGGUAGCAAGAGAGAUAUGAGAGGAACCGCGGUGUUGUAUAGAAGCAAGGAUUUUAUUCAUUGGACUAAAGCCAAACAUUUGUUACAUUCUUCUGCUACUACUGGUAUGUGGGAGUGCCCAGAUUUUUAUCCAGUGUCGCUGAAUGGGAAACAAGGAUUAGACACUUCAUCGGUUGGUGAUGGUGUUAAACAUGUGCUGAAAGUGAGCCUUGAUCUUACAAGGUUCGAAUAUUACACUCUUGGUCAAUAUUUUACUAGCAAAGAUCGAUAUGUACCAGACAACACUUCAGUUGAUGAUAGUACAGGGUUAAGGUAUGAUUAUGGAAAUUUCUAUGCAUCCAAGUCGUUUUUCGAUCCGUCAAAGAAUAGAAGAAUCUUGUGGGGAUGGGCUAACGAAUCCGAUCGAACUCCAGAUGAUCAAAUUGCUAAAGGCUGGGCUGGGGUUCAGGCAAUUCCGAGGACAGUGUGGCUUGAUAGAAAUGAAAAACAACUCUUACAAUGGCCUAUUGAAGAGGUUAAUCAUUUACGAAGCGGUCACGGUCGAGUGGAGAUGACCAAGAUACCUCUUCAUAAGGGAAGUCUCAUUGAGAUUGAAGGAAUUACUCCUGCUCAGGCUGAUGUUGAAAUUACAUUCCGUAUACCAAGUUUGGAACAUGCUGAACCAUUUGAUCCUAAAUGGGUUGAUGCUGAAAGACUUUGCGGCGAAAAAGAUGCUAGUGUCUCGGGUGGCAUCGGACCUUUUGGAUUGCUAACACUGGCGUCAAGUGACUUACAAGAGUAUACUGCGGUAUUUUUUAGGGUCUUCAAAUCAAAUGACAAACAUAAAGUGCUUAUGUGCUCUGGUGGUAUUAGGUCUUCUUUAACACAUGAUAAGAUGUACAAGCCAUCUUACGGAGGUUUCGUAGAUGUUGAUAUUAGUAAUGGAAAGCUUUCCUUGAGAAGCUUGAUCGAUAAUUCAGUCGUAGAGAGUUUUGGUGCUGGAGGAAAAACAUGCAUCUUAUCAAGGGCUUAUCCAACACUGGCUAUUGGAAAUAAUGCUCAUUUGUAUGUUUUCAACAAUGGAACUCAAGCGGUAAAGAUUGGGAAGUUAAAAGCAUGGUCAAUGAAUAGUCCCUCAAUGAAUUGAAGAAAAAUUAGUCCUCUAGUUUGAGUGAGCAAUGAGUAGGAUUUUGUUUCAGGAGAAUAAUAUCCAUCAUGUUGUCCGAUGGUUCCUUGUCAAAAUUGUCCAUACGAGUACAUAAGGAUGUUACAUGUAGUGUCAAUUGGAAAUAAAGUAAUUCACCUUUAGAAUA